AUUAUAUUUAUAUUAAUAGUUAAUUAAAUAAAUAAAUAAAAACACAGCACACACACUGAAACGGGAAAUUUGGUGGUGUUUUGUUUCUUGUGUGUGUGUGUGUGUUUUUUGCGAGACGAAUUGAAGGUGGUGAUUUGGGAACAGUUGAUCAGUAAUUUUAAUAUAAUCAAUGGCGGCGGCGGCGGCGACUGAGAACGGGCACCACAACUCGAACGGGUACUGCGUGAAGCAGAAGGAUCCGCUGAACUGGGGUUUGGCGGCGGAGGGGCUGAAGGGGAGCCACCUCGAUGAGGUGAAGAGGAUGGUGGAGGAAUUCAGGAAGCCGGUGGUGAAUCUAGGCGGAAAGACGCUAACAAUAGCACAGGUGGCGGCGAUCGCCGCCACCGAUAAUGCUGUGGCGGUGGAGCUGGCGGAGGCGGCGAGGGCCGGCGUCAAGGCCAGCAGCGACUGGGUUAUGGAUAGCAUGAACAAAGGAACUGACAGCUACGGUGUCACCACCGGAUUCGGUGCCACGUCACACCGCCGGACCAAGCAGGGUGGCGCUCUACAGAAGGAGCUUAUUAGAUUCUUGAACGCCGGAAUAUUCGGAAAUGGAACGGAAUCUUCCCACAUGCUACCGCACUCCGCCACAAGAGCGGCUAUGCUCGUCAGAAUCAACACCCUCCUCCAGGGCUACUCCGGCAUAAGGUUCGAGAUCCUCGAAGCCAUAACCAAAUUCCUCAACCACAACAUCACCCCAUGCCUCCCCCUCCGCGGCACGAUCACCGCCUCCGGCGACCUCGUCCCCCUCUCCUACAUCGCCGGAUUUCUCACCGGCCGCCCCAACUCCAAAGCCGUCGGCCCCAAAGGCGAACCCCUCACCGCCGACGAAGCCUUCACCCUCGCCGGCGUCGCUGGCGGCUUCUUCGAGCUCCAGCCCAAAGAAGGCCUCGCGUUAGUCAACGGCACCGCCGUCGGUUCCGGCCUCGCCUCGAUCGCGCUCUACGAGGCCAACGUCCUCUCUCUCCUCUCCGAAGUCAUGUCCGCCAUCUUCGCCGAAGUAAUGAACGGCAAACCCGAGUUCACCGACCACCUAACGCACAAACUGAAGCACCACCCCGGCCAGAUCGAAGCCGCCGCCAUAAUGGAGCACAUCCUCGACGGCAGCGCGUACGUCAAAGCCGCCGCGAAACUCCACGAAACCGACCCGUUACAGAAACCGAAACAAGACCGUUACGCGCUCCGAACAUCUCCGCAGUGGCUGGGCCCGCAAAUCGAGGUCAUCCGUACGGCCACCAAAAUGAUAGAGAGAGAAAUCAACUCCGUCAACGACAACCCGCUGAUCGACGUUUCUAGAAACAAAGCCAUCCACGGCGGAAACUUCCAGGGAACCCCGAUCGGAGUCUCCAUGGACAACUCGAGGCUCGCCAUCGCCUCCAUCGGGAAACUAAUGUUCGCGCAAUUCUCCGAACUCGUCAACGACUUCUACAACAACGGCCUCCCGUCGAAUCUCUCCGGCGGCCGGAACCCUAGCCUCGACUACGGCUUCAAAGGCUCGGAAAUCGCCAUGGCUUCGUACUGCUCCGAGCUCCAAUUCCUCGCGAACCCGGUCACGAACCACGUCCAGAGCGCCGAACAACACAAUCAAGACGUGAAUUCUUUGGGCUUAAUCUCUUCCCGGAAAACAGUCGAAGCGUUGGAUAUAUUGAAGCUGAUGUCGUCGACGUACCUAGUCGCACUCUGCCAAGCAAUCGAUCUCCGCCACCUGGAGGAGAAUCUAAGGCUCACCGUAAAGAACACCGUAAGCCAAGUUGCUAAGAAAACCCUAACAACGGGGUCCACCGGAGAACUCCAUCCGUCGAGAUUCUGCGAGAAGGACUUGAUGCGCAUAGUCGACCGCGAAUACGUUUUCGCGUAUAUAGACGACCCAUGCAGCGGGACCUACCCAUUGAUGCAGAAGCUUCGAGAAGUUCUCGUCGAGCACGCAUUGAAAAACGGCGAAAACGAGAAGAAUGCAAACACUUCGAUUUUCCAGAAGAUUGGAGAUUUUGAGGAGGAGCUGAAGGCCAUCCUGCCGAAGGAAGUGGAGAGUGCUAGGGUUGCGUUGGAGAGCGGGAACGCGGCGGUUGGGAAUAGGAUAACGGAGUGUAGGUCGUACCCGUUGUACAAGUUCAUAAGGGAGGAGUUGGGGACGGGAUUAUUGACGGGCGAAAAGGUAAUUUCGCCCGGGGAGGAGUGUGAGAAGGUGUUUGUGGCUUUGAGCAAUGGUUUGAUUGUUGAUCCUUUAUUGGAGUGUCUUCAAGGUUGGAAUGGUGAGCCUCUUCCUAUUUGUUAGGAGUGAAUUUUCAUUUGGAGACUAUUUAACUUUUAUUUUUAUUUUUUAUUUUAAUUUUAAUUUUAAUAUGUCUUUGUGGUUAAAGACUUAUUAUUUUUUGUUUGUUAUUGUUGUUAUGUUCUUUUGUUGAUUUGAGGUUGGUGGUUAAAUGUGAUUUGUUUGUAAGGUGAAAUAAGAUGUAAAAAUUUGGUGGAAUUUAUUUGGAGUAUAUGCUUUUUAGAGUGGAUAAA